UCUCUGCACUCAGUCGCUCGGUUCCUAGGGGCUCAAGAAUUCGUUCUCUUUGACUAUUUCUGUCUAAAUUCACAAUGAAAACUCUGACUUAUGCCUUCUGGGGAUGCAUCGCUAUUCUUGCUGCAUCGUUAUGUAAAGUAAUGGCUCGAUUGGACGAUACUCGAUACAUCACUGCGUAUACCGGGCUCAAUUCUACCGGCGCCCACUACCAUUUCACUGGAUACGUGCCUGACCUGAGCGAGAUGCAGAUGAACGAUUCCAUCAGCAGCGCUUGUGGUACUGGAAUUUGGAUACUCUACGACGGCAUGAACUACUCUUCAAACCCCACAGGUUACUUUUGCUCUACUCCUGCAGUGAGCAAGUGCUGGAAUUAUAAGGACGUCUGCCAAAAGGGAUCGUCGCUCAGAUACGCUGGUAGUCCGUAUGGCCUCAAUGACGACUAUUACAAUCUUUAUGAAGACAAUGACUUCCACGGCAAAGAAUUCAAGGGCAACACUAACGCCGCUGACUUGGGCGACUUGGAUCAGGCAGUCUCUUCUCUAAUAGUUAUAGGACAGUCAGCCUGGACCUUCUAUAGUGGCCAGGAUUUUACUGGAGUCAGCGUGUGCGUCUACACAAACGCCACAGUCACUAACGCUGACAUUGAACUCGACUUCAUUAUUCUAAUGGACAUGCUCGGUCUGCCCGACAACUCGAUCAGGUCCGUGGCGAGGGGGUGCUUGGGCGAGCUCGUGGCUGGGGCAGAGCCUGCAGUUCCAGGCCCCAGACUGAACUGA